UCAAUAGAAUUGAGUUAAUGAACUCCCCCUCUCUUCUCCUCUCCUACCCUCUCCUCCCACCUCUACUCUUCUCCCCUCUCCUCUUCACCCCCUCUCUCCUCCUCUUCAACCCCUCUUUUCUCCUCUUCUCCUCUUCUCCCCUCUCCUCCCACCUCUACUCUUCUGCAUUUCCACUUCAGGGGAGGAGAUGGAGAGUGACUGCAUUUCCACUUCAGGGGAGGAGAUGGAGAGUGACUGCAUUUUCCAUAGCCAACUACUACCGGAGGUUUAUCCAGGGCUUUGGUCAGGUAGCCAACUACUACCGGAGGUUUAUCCAGGGCUUUGGUCAGGUAGCCAACUACUACCAGAGGUUUAUCCAGGGCUUUGGUCAGGUAGCCAACUACUACCGGAGGUUUAUCCAGGGCUUUGGUCAGGUAGCCAACUACUACCAGAGGUUUAUCCAGGGCUUUGGUCAGGUAGCCAACUACUACCAGAGGUUUAUCCAGGGCUUUGGUCAGGUAGCCAACUACUACCAGAGGUUUAUCCAGGGCUUUGGUCAGGUAGCCAACUACUACCAGAGGUUUAUCCAGGGCUUUGGUCAGGUAGCCAACUACUACCAGAGGUUUAUCCAGGGCUUUGGUCAGGCAGCCAACUACUACCGGAGGUUUAUCCAGGGCUUUGGUCAGGUAGCCAACUACUACCAGAGUUUUAUCCAGGGCUUUGGUCAGGCAGCCAACUACUACCAGAGGUUUAUCCAGGGCUUUGGUCAGGCAGCCAACUACUACCGGAGGUUUAUCCAGGGCUUUGGUCAGGUAGCCAACUACUACCAGAGGUUUAUCCAGGGCUUUGUUCAGGUAGCGACUCCCAUUACCUCACUGCUGAAGGGGGAACCGGUGUGACUGCAGUGGACAGCUGAGGCGGACAGGGCUUUUGGUCACCUGAGGGCUCUGUUUACCUCGGCUCCCCUGCUGGCUCAUCCGGAUCUGGGUGAGGAGCCGUGCUCUCUCAGCGCUCGGGUACGCCACUAAAGCUCCGCCCCUGUACUUUCUUUUCGAAGAAGCUCCGCCCGGCGGAGCGAAACUAUGGUGUGGGGGAUCGGGAGCUGUUGGCUGUUGUCAAGGCUCUGAAGGCGUGGAGACAUUGGCUUGAGGGGGCUAAACACCCUUUUCUCAUCUGGACUGACCACAGCAAUCUGGAGUACAUCCGGGCAGCGAGGAGACUGAACCCUCGCCAGGCAAGGUGGGCCAUGUUCUUCACCCGUUUAAUUUUCACCCUUUCCUACAGACCAGGUUCCCAGAACGCUAAGGCAGACGCACUGUCCUACAGGCCAGGUUCCCAGAACGCUAAGGCAGACGCACUGUCCUACAGACCAGGUUCCCAGAACGCUAAGGCAGACGCACUGUCCUACAGGCCAGGUUCCCAGAACGCUAAAGCAGACACACUGUCCUACAGACCAGGUUCCCAGAACGCUAAGGCAGACACACUAUCCUACAGACCAGGUUCCCAGAACGCUAAGGCAGACACACUAUCCUACAGACCAGGUUCCCAGAAUGCUAAAGCAGACACACUAUCCUACAGACCAGGUUCCCAGAAUGCUAAAGCAGACACUAUCCUACAGACCAGGUUCCCAGAAUGCUAAAGCAGACACACUAUCCUACAGACCAGGUUCCCAGAAUGCUAAAGCAGACACACUAUCCUACAGACCAGGUUCCCAGAAUGCUAAAGCAGACACACUAUCCUACAGACCAG